AUGAAUGCUGUUCUAAGAGUGCCUCUUCUGCUUAUCAUCUUGUCAACCAGGACCACUCUGGCAGCUCGUACAUUUGGUUCAAGCGAUGAUGCACAAGAUGUUAUACAUCCGGUACAGCACUAUGACUUUGAGUAUGUGGGAGAUUACCCCCAAAAAUCUCCCAUUACCCUCGAUUUAGCCAGAGAAGCACCAGCUGUAAUCAUGAGAGCUGAACGUAAGGCUGCCGCCUCCGAGAGCCACUACGUGGUCAAGCCACAGUAUAAUGGUUGUUAUGAGUCGAAAUCUUUUGGUGAAAAUAUCGAUUGUUAG